AUGGCAUCUUUGAGUCCUCAGGAUCCCAAUUCAUUUUCAAGACCGGAAGAGGCCGUGGUCAACGCCUUCCAUUGGGAUGUCGCUGUGGACUUCAAUGCGAAAAUUCUGAAAGGUCAUGUGGAUCUGGAUGUCACGAAGACCCUGCCUGAAGCUGAGUUCCUUACUCUCGACUCUUCAAAGUCCCUGUCUGUACUCGGGGCAACAUGCCUAGACUCCGGCGAAAAACUUGAUGUCGAUCGCAGCGUGGUCGACGAGAAAUUCGGUGUUUGUACGAAAAUUCGACUGCCAGCUUCAACCAAGUCCAAAAUACGAGUUGCGUAUCACACGUCCCCGGACUCGUCAGCUCUACAAUGGAUGACGAAGGAGCAAACCGCCGGCAAAAGGCAACCUUACGUUUACAGCCACAGCGAGGCCAUUCACUCCAGAGCCUUGCUGCCCUGCCAAGAUUCACCUAAUGUGAAAACGCCCUUCACGGCGAAGAUCCGAGUACCGAAAGGCGUGACCGCGGUCGUAUCGGGCGUAAGACAAGGGGAAGAGCCGGCACCGAACGACACCAAGGUCGUUACGUAUGAGCAGAAGGUUCCUGUUCCCGUAUACCUCCUGGCAUUUGCCGUCGGUGAUCUUGAAUCGAGGAAAAUCGGGCCCCGCAGUCAAGUGUGGUCGGAGAAAGAACUGGUUGAUAAGGCCACUGUAGAUUUUGCCGAUACGGAGCAGAUGCUCCAGACCGCCGAAACCCUCAUGGGAGACUAUGUUUGGGGUGCCUAUGAUCUCCUCGUACUGCCACCGAGUUUUCCAUUCGGCGGCAUGGAGAACCCCUGUCUCACCUUCGUCACUCCCACACUCCUUGCCGGCGACAAGUCCGUCGCUGGUGUUGUUGCUCACGAAAUCGCGCACUCGUGGACGGGGAACUUGGUGACGAACAAAAACUUCGAACACUUCUGGUUGAACGAGGGCUUCACUAUGUACGUUGAGAGGAAACUUAUAGGCAGGAUGAAGGGGGAAGACGUGCGUCAGUUUUGCGCAAUCCAAGGUCUGAAGGACCUCAGGUAUGACAUUCUCGAAGAUUUGGGAGAAAACAAUCAACUCACCAAGCUGGUGGUCGAUCUCAGAGGCGUCGAUCCCGAUGACUCGUUUUCAUCGGUGCCGUACGAAAAAGGACACACAUUCCUCUAUUAUCUGGAGACUCUUCUGGGAAUGGAGAGCAUGGAGGCCUUCCUGAGGGCGUACGUAGAGCGAUUCAAAUACAAGUCUAUCGCCACUGAUGACUUCAAGGGCUUCCUGUAUGAGUUCUUCGCCGACCGGAAGGCCAUCCUAGACAAGAUCGACUGGAAUGCCUGGUUGUUCACACCGGGGAUGCCUCCCUUGAUACCUGACUACAAAAGCUCCCUGGCAGAACUAUCCUCGAAGCUGUGUGAGAAAUGGGUCCACGCCGAUGAGAAGGAGAUCAAGAAUUUCGAAAAAUCCGAAUUCGAUCAACUGAACGCCAUGCAGAAAGAGGAGUUCUUCGCCUUGCUGUUGGAGUCAGAGAUCCUUAGCAAAGAGAAGGUGGCGCAUCUGACAGCCCUCUAUGAGAUCGAGAGCAUCAUCAACGCUGAAAUUCGCUUCCGAUGGUUACGACUCGGAAUCCUGUCUCGGUGGGAGGGAAUCUUGAAGCCCGCGACCGCCUUCGUCGAGGUAGUCGGACGCAUGAAGUUCGCGAAGCCAAUUUUCAAAGAUUUGGGACAAUGGCCGGAGAAAAGACAAUACGCACUAGAUUUGUACGAACGUCUCGCACCGAACAUGAUGUACGUUUUGAGUCGGGCCGUCAAGGACGCUCUAGAAAUCCGGGAGUGAGAAGCGCGCGCGGAUGGCCUCCCUCCCCCCAUGCGGUGAGGCAGCCGAGGAUGCUGAUGAUUACUG